AAAAGACAUUGUUAACAUAUAUAUUAAUACAGGUUUCGCGCUGCAGCAUUCAAAUGUCUAUGGUUGCGCAAAACACCGUCAACGGACAUUUACUGUGCAAGAUAGUACGAACAAAAGCCAAGAUUUGCUAGCGUAAUAUUCCCGUUUUUUACACUCAGUUUGUCUUUGUAUUAUUGAACUUUGGACGAAGAUUCUUUUGCCCUCUCCCUUGGACAAAACACGAUUUCCACAUUGAUAUCAUUCCACUAAAAUCACAAAACCUGUUAUCGGUUCAACUUGUUUCCAAGAGAUAUUCAACCUUUCGUCACAUUUGCUGGCGCUUAUUCUCAAAUUGACUAAAAAAUGGAAACCAAUUGGAACUUCAUACUUCAAGAAAGUGAAACUCAUUACUAUUGUGUUAUUUGUGGCUGCGAUCUCUGUGGUAGUCAAAAUGCAGAGGGCCACUUCAGAGCAAGGUGCCAUGCACAUACUACAGAGGUAUAUGGAGGCGAUAUCUCAUACAUUGGAGAUAACCAAUAUUACUGCCAGUUAUGUGACUGCUAUAUUUCUGGGUAUCAAAAUGUUAGAGCCCACUUGAGGGGACAAUGGCAUCAGGAUUCCCUAAAUGGAUCAGAUACCGAGACAUCGGAAGACGACAGUGAGAACUAUGUUGCAUUACGUUCAUGUGAUUUCAUUAUUCGUUAUAACGACUAUAACAUGUUCUACUGUUGUCUAUGUAACCGCAAUAUUACUGACGAAUGGAAUAUUUCCUUACAUUUGUGGAGCCUGGAGCAUAUAACGGCUAUAGGAAUGUAUGGUUAUGACAUUCUUGGUACUGGAAGUACUUGGUAUUACUGCAGAUUGUGUGAUUGUUCGAUUACUAGCUUUAGAAAUAUCUAUGAACAUGUAACAGGAUGGCAACAUAAUAAUUUUCUGUAGCAAUCAGAAUCAGAUACCAACUGUUAAUAUGACGACUGAUUAGAAAGUAUCAUAAGAAGCUCGAUUACCUACUAUGCAUUAAUGUUACAACUGUGAUUAUUCUGACCUCAGAUACAUUGAUGAUAAUAUAUUAAAGAUAAGAAGUUCACUAUUUUUUUAAGAAAAAUGUUUUAAAACAUUAAGAGAAUUUUAAGAAAGUUAUUCCAUAAUAUUCCAUCUUUUGUACUUUAUGUAUUUGCCAUGUUCCUGAAGUAUUAAAAAAAGACGUGAUACUAGCAUUAAGUUUGAUGAAGUUUAAUACACUACGACUAUUUCUGUAUCAAAUAUAAUAUAUGCAAAAAG